AUUACACUUCAGACACUAUUAAGAGACCAUUAAUGUGUUGUUCAGUGUAUUAAAGCUUACAUUCAUUUCGAUGAUUGACACCAUUUGUCACUAUUAUCUCUAAUCACUGCUCUAUUGACUUAUUAUUUAGAAAUUACUCUUAAUUUACAUCUCAGACAUGCUUUCACUUCAUUGUAGACUCAGUUAAUUGACAUCACAUUAUAGGACAAUGAAGUGGUUAAUAAUGGUAUGGAUUGUAUUAUUGGAUCAAAUGGUUGGCAGUGAAUCGAGUGACAGCAUGUCUGUCAUCACUGUCCACAAUGAAACCCAAGAGUGCUCUUCAGAAGUGUUUUGUGCAGACGAGGACUAUGGCCCACAUUCUCCAUAUAUCCCAUGCAGUCAUUUACCACUCGAGUUCUUGGAAUGUGAGGAACCGUAUGACUGGAGGGGCAACGAGACGGCCAGACUAGAGGCCGGACACGGAUGUAGUAAAUUUGGAGUCCAGAAGUACGAGGACAUGCAGUUCACGUCCCGGAACUGUACUGUUUUGGAAGGAAUGGAUCGCUUCUGUUUGGGUCACACGGGAACAGCUGUCGGCAAACUGUUGACUUUGGGAGGGGUCGGCAUUUGGUGGAUCGUUGACAUUGUCCUCUUAGUUACCGGACACCUCGUGCCUGAGGACGGCACCAAUUGGAUGACCACUGCGUGA